CAUCGAUCCAUUUGCAUUUGAACUACCUGUUUCUGCAGCGGGACAUGUGAGUUAACCUGUUUAACAUUUUGCUGUUCCUGCUGAAUAGAGAUGGAGAUGAACAACAAAGCAAUGACGGAGGCGGAACGGUUGGAACUGGCGGCGAAAUUGGACAAGGACUUGGACGAAUUUAUUAACAAGUUGCCGAAACGAGAGAGAAAAACUGGCGAACCGAUGGACGAAGCUUGGAUUGAGGAGUUACAAAGUCAUCCGUUUUUCAUGAAGAAAGUUCCUGAACCUGGAGAAAAGGUUCAUCCUUUGUAUGAGGGACUGCAAAAGUUGAAAUACGAUCCCGACAUCAACGAACCGUUAGAUUUGGCCGUAGCAUACAAGGACGAUGGCAACUUUAAUUUUAAACAUAAAAAUUAUCGUUUGGCCAUUCUCUCUUAUACAGAGGGUAUUAAGGCAAAGUGUGAUGAUGUUGAGAUUAAUGCCAGUUUAUAUAAUAACAGAUCGGCCGCUAAUUUUUAUUUGAAGAAUUAUAGAUCUUCAUUGAGAGACUGCGAAUUGGCAUUGAAAUUGAAGCCAGGCUAUCAUAAAACGUUGCAAAGAGCUGCAAACUGUUGUUUUUGCACUCAACAUUUUGACAAGGCGAUAGAAUAUUGCGAUAAAAUAUUGGACGCGGAUAAAAACAACAAAGAUGUGCAGGAAUUGAGGAAAAAAUGUGUAACAGAAGCAAAAUUGAAAAUAAGAAACGAAAGAAAACGAGAGAAAGAAAUCAGGAAACAAGAGGAAGAUGAAAAACGUGUCAUUCAGGAAAUUGUGAAGAGGGGGAUUCGUAUAGAAACGGGAAAAGGUGGUUUGAGUUUAAGCAGUUUAGAGCCAUGUGCACCACAAUUGAGUGAAAAUAGAGUGCAUAUAGAUGAUGAAAACAAUCUCAUUUGGCCUGUUGUAUUUCUCUAUCCAGAGUAUAAAAUAAUGGAUUACGUUCAGGAGUUUAACGAAAAUCAAACAUUUGAGGCGUUGUUUGAGGAUAUGUUUUCGGUUCGACCAGAAUGGGAUGUCGAUAAUAAGUAUAAGACCAAUAGUUUGGUAAUUUAUUUUGAGACUGGCAACAAUAAACUGACAUCUGUGAACCGAACGGCAACUCUCGUGGACGUGUUGAAACAUAAAGAAUAUGUCGUUAAAGGAGGAACUCCGUCUUUUCUUGUCCUCGUCAACGAGAGUCCGGCACAUAAGAGAUUCCUUGAAAAUUAUUAAAUACUGUGUAUAAAUAGAUAAUAAUAAUUUUGUAUAUAUGGCAAAUAUAUUUUAAUAAGUAAAA